CUGAAAACAACAGGGCGAAAGAAGCUGGAAAUAUAAACAAAAGCUUAUUAACAUUAGGUCGAUGCAUAAACGCUCUUAAUGAACGUUGCUUGCAUAUUCCUUUCAGAGAAAGCAAGUUGACUCGUCUUUUGCAAGAUUCCCUGGGAGGAAAAACCAAGACGUGCAUCAUUGCUACGAUAUCCCCAGCAAAAAUAAGUUAUGAUGAGACUAUAUCAACACUAGAUUAUGCUCACCGGGCAAAGAACAUUCGUAACAAGCCUGUUGCUAAUCAACGUGUUACGAAGAAGGCUUUGAUUAAAGAAUAUAUUAGUGAGAUUGAACGUUUAAAAAUGGAUUUGCUAGCUACUCGAGAGAAAAAUGGUUGUUUUAUGACAAAUGAAUCAUAUCAAGCACUAAUGGACGAAAAUCAAAGUCGAAAAGACGAGAUUGAAGAGUUACGAAAAGUAAACGAAAGUCUAAUGGUACAAGUUCAGGAAUUACGCAAAGAUCAGGUUAUGCUUGAAAGUUUGCGUAAUGAAUUGGCAAACCAAUAUACUAAGAUGCAAGUUUAUCAAGCUAAAAUCGAUGACCAAAUUUCUUCCUUAGUGACUGAAACAGAGGGACAUGUUAACUCUCAAAAUCAAGCUAUCUCUGCUUGUCAAAAUAUUGUUAAGGAAAAAACUGAUAAGGAGGUUCGUUGCCUUAAGGAGCAUAAAGUGAUGUUGAAUAAGAUUAUAGAAGAAGAAAACUCCAAAUCGAUUAAAAUGAAGGAAGAAUUACUGACAAAUAUUUCAAAAUAUCUUAAUAACUUUACUAAUGUCCAAACUGCAAGUCUAAAGAACUCUUUUGGAAAAGUAUAUGAUUCGAUUAAAGAGAACGUAGAUUCUAUUGAAUUGUGUAGAGAGGCUAAUAUCACAGCUCUUGAGGGUAUGAUGACAUCAAAUACUAGGUAUUUUAACGACUUAAAGGAAAUUGCAUUUAAAACCGGACAAAAAAAACUUGUAGAUUCUCAACAAAAUUUUCAAUUGAAACGAUAAUUUGACAUUUUUUAUGCAAAUAUUUAUGAUCUUGUAUUACGUAAAUAAAGCAUAUUAUGAACUAAAACCACUCUGCUAUAAGUACGAUAAAUUGUCACAUUGUCUUCCAGUAAUUUAAAGUUGCUUGUCGAAAAUAAAAAAGUCAUUGCCGAAAUGGUAAAAAUAAUUUCGAUAAUUUCGACAUGACGAAAUGACGAAAUUAUUUAUUAUUAAAACUGAC